GCCAGGCAGCCACGCCCACCCGUCCCGCGUAGCCCCGCCCUCCCGGCGGACCCCGAGUCCGCGGGUUCGCGGCUGAGCCCGCCCCGCACCGGCAAUGGCGGCGGCGCCGGCGGCGGGCGAGGAGCGGGGCGAGCCGAGCCCCGAGGAGUUCGUGUACGGCGAGGAAGAUUUCGUGCUGCAGCCGGCCGGCUGGGACGACCCGGACUCCGCGCCCUCCCGCUUCGACAGGGCGCUGCUGGCGGGCUGGAGCGACCGUAUGGAGCGGGGGCUGUUCCGCUACCGGCUCGGGCCGAUGCCCACCCGCGUCCUGCCCGGCCCCCUGCGCCUCGUGGCGCAGCUGAACGAGCAGCGCAGCGCCGAGCGCCGCCCACCGCAGCCCGUCCGCAGCCUCCGGGACCCCUUCGACCCCGACGCCUUCAACUUCACCCGGCUGCGCCCCGCCGAGCUGCUGCUCCGCCUGCGCCGCGCCGGGGGCCCGGGGCCGCCGCCCGACCCGCUGCUGGUGGCCAUCAACGCCAGCCCGCUGGAGCGGGGCCACGUCCUGCUGCUGCCCGAGCCGGCGCUGCGGCUGCGGAGGGGAUGGCACCGGGCGGGGCAUCACGGCGGAACGGUAGCCCCGGGGCAGGGCCGGGGCCCUCCGCGACCCCAGCACAGCCCGAGGCCCCGGGACUACGGGGGACCGGGGGUCUGCACCCACAUCCCGCUCCAGGGGCGGUACUUACAGCAGGAUCUCCUGCUUGCUCAGGAACGUCAGCUCCUGCGGGGAGAGUGCGGGUCAGCACCGGGCACCGGGGUCAGUACCGGGGUCAGUACCGGGGUCAGCACCGGGCACCGGGGUCAGUACCGGGGUCGGCACCGGGGUCAGUACCGGGGUCGGCACCGGGGUCAGUACCGGGGUCAGCACCGGCAGCGGGGUCAGGGCCUGACCCGGGGCAACGCAGCCCCGGGUCCCUCGGCCUAUGGGCAGCUGCCCCCCGGGGUCGCGCCGCCCCCGUGUCCCCCCGGCGCCGCCCCUCUCCGCCGGUGCCGGUGCCGGUGCCGUACCUGGUACUCGCCCAGCGCGUCCCGCGGCAGCAGACUGGCCGAGCCGCCCAUGGCGCCGCUUCCGCCGCCUGCCCGCCCCGCACCGGCAAUGGCGGCGGCGCCGGCGGCGGGCGAGGAGCGGGGCGAGCCGAGCCCCGAGGAGUUCGUGUACGGCGAGGAAGAUUUCGUGCUGCAGCCGGCCGGCUGGGACGACCCGGACUCCGCGCCCUCCCGCUUCGACAGGGCGCUGCUGGCGGGCUGGAGCGACCGUAUGGAGCGGGGGCUGUUCCGCUACCGGCUCGGGCCGAUGCCCACCCGCGUCCUGCCCGGCCCCCUGCGCCUCGUGGCGCAGCUGAACGAGCAGCGCAGCGCCGAGCGCCGCCCACCGCAGCCCGUCCGCAGCCUCCGGGACCCCUUCGACCCCGACGCCUUCAACUUCACCCGGCUGCGCCCCGCCGAGCUGCUGCUCCGCCUGCGCCGCGCCGGGGGCCCGGGGCCGCCGCCCGACCCGCUGCUGGUGGCCAUCAACGCCAGCCCGCUGGAGCGGGGCCACGUCCUGCUGCUGCCCGAGCCGGCGCUGCGGCUGCCGCAGGCGCUGACGGCCUCGGCGCUGCGCGGGGCGCUGGAGGUUGCGCUGCUCAGCGCCCACCCGGGAUUCCACGUGGGCUUCAAUGGGCUGGGCGGCGGAGCCUCGGUGAACCACCUGCACCUGCACGGGCUCUACUUGGGUCGCCCAUUGCCGCUGGAGGCGGCGCCGGCUGAGCCGCUGGGGCCGCGCCUGGGACUGCUCCGUGCCGGACCGGCCACCGCCUUCCUCUUCUUUGCCACUGGCCCCGCGGCGCUGGAGCCGGUGUCGCGGGCCGUGUGCCGGGCGGUGGAGCACCUGGGCGGCGCUGGGCUGGCCUGCAACGUGCUGGCCACGCGGGGCGACCCUCCGGCGGGGCCCGGCGCCAGCAAAGACCGCGGGCUGCGGGUGUUGCUGUGGGCGCGCCCACCCCGCUUCGGCCCCAAGGUGGGCGAGCCCUUCCCCGUGGCGGUGUGCGAGCUGGCGGGGUUCCUCCCGCUGCCCGCCCCUCCGCUCUACUGGCACAUCACCGAGGCAGAGGCCUUGAGCGCCAUCCGCCAGCACCUACUGCCCGAGCCCGAGCUGCUGCGCCUCGGCGGAGAGCUGGCGCGGCUGCUGGAGAGCUGA